CGCAAUAACAGUAGCCAAUAUAAAGAAUAAGAAUCACUAAAGUCUUAAAUCCCUGCAAAAUAUCAAGUGUUAUACGUUUCUCACAUAAUUUAAUCAUGUAUUUCAAAUAUAUUAUUAUCUUUUUAUACAUGUUAUUUUACUUACUAGUAAGUAAUGCAACACUUACUACUGAGGAACUCGCCGACUUUUAUAACAAGGUAACACUUAAAGAUAAAAAAAACAGGCAAAGAUUAGCUGACUGUUAUAAACAGCCAUUUAUACGAGGAAGCUUUACCUUAACUACAGUACGAAAAUACCUUGAUGAAGACAAGCCUAACCUAGAUGGAGAAGAUGUCCACAACAUAAUACUACGUAUGGGGCUAUGUUUUUUUACAAGAUUUCUGAGGAGUACUUAUACUAUCACGCUGAAGUUUUCUCAUCAUAUGUCUUUAAAGGCAUUUCAAUCAGCAAUGAAUCAGAGAUUUACUGAUGGGGAACUCAACGCAAUUUAUGAUGUGAUUAAAAGAAGGGAAACAAUUGUGGAAAAAAAGCGGUGUCGCACGAGCGUAACAAAAAAAGUAACCAAGGAUGGAGCGAGAAAAUACUUCAAUAAGGAACUCCACAAUCAUGGAUUAGCUGCACGGCAAGUCGAAGGGAUAAUUGCACCCUUGCGGGAUAAACAUAUGACAAGAAAGAAAUUUAAAAAAUUGAUGAGAUCUCAAGACAACUAUUAUGUGGAAAUAAUGAUUGAAUAAUGUUUAAAUAAUGUGGACGCUACAGAACCAGCCAGUGGGCUACAAAAUUACUAUACUAUCCUACCGACGUUCACUAUAAUCAAAAAUCUAAACUGCCUACUUAAAGUAUUUAAUUUAUCUCUUUAGGGGUAGUAUGCUGGUAGCUUAUUUAAUUUUAACUGUAUGUUUUCUUAAAAUUCUAAAAAGUUUAAGGGUUAUUUUUGUGUUUAUCGACUAGGUACUGUACUAUU